UUUAACUGUGUAAACAAUAUAAUUAACAUAAAUGAUAGCAUUCUGAGAGGAAACAUCGUGGUGUGAGGGCGCAUUUUGAGUGCGAAAAAGGAAUAUUUUUCUGGAGCGAAUUUAUUUUUGUGUUACAAAAAUGCGGUGUUGUGGCUAGAGGCGCGGCACUCCCGCGUCUCGACACGAACGGCGACCUAAACUAACUGUCCAGAUGUGUUUUGCCUGUCAAGCCGGCCGCACGUGUUCGCUUUAUUUACAAAAAUACUGUGUGAAUUUUACGUAUUGUGAUCAGCUGAUCGUGUGUACUUCGUGUUACAUCGCUUAAGGUGGACCUAAGUUCUCGUGAGCUGGGACAUCUAUAGAUUAAUCCUGUCUUCAACAAAUUUGAAAUGUUGGACAUAUUUCGAGUUAUAAAACUUUAAUUAAUGUCAAGAAGGUACACGACGUUCUCAGGACGAACGCGUGACAAUAAAGAAAGUGAAUUUUUCAAAAGUGUGAAAUCGAGGACUAGCCGGUCCUUGAUGUACUCGACAAGUUACAACCCUUGCGCCCUAACACUUUGUAUUUCGAAGAGACUUUGCCGUUAUUCGGCUAGAGACCCAAGAUUAAGACACUGGUCAAGAGAACUAACAAUUUCUUCAACGUAGAAGAAUUUUCGGUUGUUGGAUUUUUAAUCCAAAUCUGGUAGUAUUCACGGAGUCCAUUAGAGGACCGAAUUAGUGACAAAACAGUACGUACUUAGAACCGUACUUAAAAAAGGAUCGUCUAAAAGACUAAUGGAAUCACAACGAGCGUAUACAAAUGGAAUUCCAGGCAAAGAUCCUUCUAGCAAGCAUGAACAUAAAAUACCGUCUGAAGAGGAGAAGACUACGUCUCCCCUGCUUCAGAGGAUUGAUGAUUUGAAGUAUAUAGAUGGAGCGAAUGAGGAUAAAAAUGAAGUGAGAGAUACGGGAAAACCUAAAGAUGAUUUAGAUACUGUUAAUUCUAUGAAAACGGAAAUUAAGGAUAACCGCCUUUCAGUAGGCUAUCAUAAAGAUUCAGUUAGUGAUGAUGGCGCUGUUUCAACAACUGAGGGUGUCAAGUUUUUUGGUCUUGGGGACGAUGACAGUAUUUGUUCUAGUAAACCACCGCAAGAACCAGCGCCGCAAAUCCCUGAUGGAGGUUGGGGCUGGGUAGUCGUUGCUGCAUCAUUCCUCAUUGCUACGGUAGCUGAUGGUCUGGCUUUUUCUUACGGCUUGAUGCAUGACAAGUUUGUCAUCUAUUUUGAAACCAGUGAAGCAAAAACAUCUUUGAUUGGAAGUCUUUUUAUUUCCGUACCAUUAAUAGCUGGGCCUAUUAUGAGUGCUUUGGUUGAUCGAUAUGGAUGCAGAAGUAUGACAAUAGUUGGUGGUAUAGCGUCGACAAUAGGAUUUGUAGCUGCUUCGUAUAGUAAUUCUGUUGAAGUCUUAUACGUAACUUACGGUAUUAUGGCUGGUCUUGGAACUGGCUUGUUAUACGUCACUGCCGUGGUAUCAAUUGCCUACUGGUUCGAAAAACGUCGUAAUUUAGCUGUUGGAUUAGGUUCCUGUGGUGUUGGUUUCGGAACUUUUAUAUAUUCUCCACUAACGACGUAUUUAUUGGAAGAAUUUGGAUGGAGAGGUACCUUAUUAUUAUUAGCUGGUACUGUACUUAAUGUAUGUGUGUGUGGUGCUGUCAUGAGAGAUCCUGAAUGGUUGAUAUUAGAACAGAAAAAACAAAGGAAACUAAAUAAGUCAAAAAGAGCAUCUAGUUCUAUAUCUAUUUCGGCUAAGUCUGGAGGUGGUGAAUCUGUUUAUCCUGGAGCUGAAGAGUUAAAGACAUUGAUGAAAAGUGGUGAGACACCUGAAUAUAUACUUACAACAUUAGUGGCUUCUAUUGCCCAAGCAGAAGAUUUGGAAGCAGCAACUAAGAGAAAUGCUGAUAUGUCACAAUAUCAUAAAGUUAGUUCAGUAAUUAAUCUACCUACGUUUUUAAGACAAAGUGAAAAGGUGCCUGCUGAGGUUUUAGAUCAGCUUACAACAAAUAAAAAGCUUUACAAUAUUAUAUUACAAAACUACCCAUCGUUGUUAGCUUUACGUAGUACUUCUGAACAAAAAUUGAAUGUAGAACCAGCGGCAGAGGCAUCUAAAACUAAACCGAUUAAGAUGUCAAUGAAAUUAAAAUUGAAUAAGAAAGAAAAGAAGAAAGAAUUUGAGAAUAAAUUAGACCAGGUUAGGGAGAAACUGCUGCAGCCGAUACCUGAAAAUAAACCAGUGAUUGUGCAAAGGGAGCGUCAAGACUGGUGGACAAGGCAAUUUGUUACUGAUCAUCAGUAUUUAAGAAAUAUCAGAGUACAUCGUAACUCGAUCAUGCACCGUGGUGCUAUGAUGAACAUUGCUAAAUACAAGCUGCGAGCUUCAUCUUGUCCUGACAUUUAUAAGAAUUCUAUGUGGUCCGUUGAGGAAGAAGAGACUUGGGGCAAACGACUAUUGGACACGAUCAACAAAACCUUUGACUUUAAUAUGUUUACCGAGUUUCAUUUCUUGAUGAUGAAUCUGUCGACUUUAGUGCUCUUCAUUUGGUUCAUUGUACCUUAUUUCUAUAUCUCUAAUUUCAUGCUGAUGAGUGGAUACUCUGAGGUUCAUGGAUCUUGGAUGUUGAGUGUCUUCGGUAUAGCUACUAUUAUUGGCAUUGUCGGAUUGGGUUGGAUGGGUGAUCUGCCUUGGGUGAACGUUACGAAGACUUAUGCCGUAUGUCUCAUAUUUUGUGGGAUAACUAUCAUCCUGUUCCCUGUGCUAAUACGUGUGAUGGACCCAGAAGCUCCCUACAGUUUCUAUAUUUUGGCAUUAAAUGCUGUUAUGUUUGGUCUGAUGUUCUCAAGCUCAUAUUCAUAUACCCCGAGUAUUUUGGUGGAGUUGAUCGCUUUGGAAAGAUUCACAAUGGCAUAUGGACUGGUUCUAUUGAGCCAGGGUAUUGGACAUCUUAUUGGACCACCUAUGGCUGGUGCUCUAAGAGAUGUCACUGGACAUUGGGACGCAGCUUUUUACGUCGCUGGCCUGUGGGUCAUAAUAUCUGGUUUCUUGGUGGGCGUUAUACCUUACACCGAGAACUUCCGUAUUUGUGGUAACGCACCUCUGGCUAAAGAUGUUGCUGGAGAACCUGAUCCAGGAGUGAAAAUCAUCAUCGCCCAUUAAAUCAUCCAUGAAGAAGUUCUUGAUAAAAAGUAUUGUGACAAAAAUCCUGGCUCAAAAUGCUUAUCGAUGAUACCUAAUUACUUAAACAUUUUUAGUUACAUUUUUAUCGACUUCGAUUUUCGAAAGUCGCUUUUUUAAUAAUAAUGUUUUUUUAUUGAU